AUGUUAAUCGUUUUAUCAGAGUUUUCAACACCUCGUGGCUUCAGAUUUUUACCCACCAAAGAAGAGAUUUCCGUUUAUCACCUUCGACCAGCCAUUAAUGGAGAGACAUUAUCUUGUAAUAUUUUGAUUGAGGGUGAGAUUUAUGGAGAAAAGAAAGUGCCUUGGAAUCUUUUCAACAAAGAUGAUAAUAAAUCUUUUUGGGUUUUCACCAAGUUGAAGAAAAAGAGUAAAUCGAGUAUUGAUAGGACUACUGGAUGUGGAUGUUGGCUUGGCCGAAACACCAAAGAAGUAAAGAAUGCAAGUGGUCAGCUGUUAGGGUUGGACAAAUACUUGACGUUUACAUGCAAGAAAGAUAAGUCAAACCAAUGCAAUGGCAACUGGAUUAUGCAUGAGUUUUCUUUAAUGGAUGAGGGUUUGAGUGAUUAUGUCAUUUCUGAGAUUAAGAAUAAAGAUGUUGCUAAUUGUGGAAAAGACGAAGAAGAACCCAAGAACAAGAAGCGUAAAUCGCUUGAGGUUAACGAUGAAGAGUCGUCAGCUCCAACUAUUAAGAGAGCUUUUGUUGAUCAUCAAGGGAGUCUAAACGAAAGGCAUCAAGAAACUUAUGAUCGGAGCAGAAUGUAG